AUGAAAACUCAUCACAUCUCAUUAUUUCCCUUGCAACGGCCCGCACUGCCCGACCAUAUUCAGCACCGCGAUGCCCACCCCCCGUUUGGUGUCGCUCCCCUGGUUAUUCAACGUCCACGGAAGGACAUUGGCUAUACUAGGAAAGACACCCCCGGCAGCCAAAAAAACAGAAAAAUACCGGACCGAAACGAGGUGUUCUGGCAGGGUUGCUAG